CUCACGCUGGGCCGGGUUUUGUUGAUAGCAAGAGGCAAGAUCUAUCGAGAAAAUUAUGUUUUAAGCUCUGUGUAUGGAAUAAGAAAGUGGAUAGCAGUAAAUAACAAAACACUGGAAACAUAAAACUCAUAGUGACCAACAAAAUACAAGGCGCCAUGGCUGACGAAAAUGAAGCUAGCGAUGAUUGCGAUGUGAAAGAAUCGCGAGAAGACAAAAAGAAAAGCAAGAAAAAAAGAAUGCCUCUCUUUGGGAAGAAGAAGUUCGAUGACAAAGUCACCAACAGAUAUGAUUUACGAGAAGUUCUAGGAUCAGGAGCUUUCUCCGAGGUGUUUCUAGCUGCAGACAAAAAAACUGGCAAAUUCUUCGCUAUUAAGUGCAUUCCCAAGAAAGAAAUAAAGGGUAAAGAAGAAGCCGUCGAAAAUGAGAUCGCUAUCCUUAAAAAAGUUUCGCACGAGAAUAUCAUUGGUUUGAGAGACAUUGUCGACAACAAGUCUCAUCUUUACUUGGUGAUGGAUCUCACCAGAGGUAUUGAAACAGGAAGUAUAUGGCAAAGCUGUGGACUGUUGGUCAAUUGGAGUAAUAUGUUAUAUCUUGUUAUGUGGCUAUCCACCUUUUUAUGAUGAAAGCGAUGCAAAUUUAUUUGCUCAAAUCAUGAGAGGAGAAUAUGAGUUUGAUUCGCCUUAUUGGGAUGAUAUAUCUGAGUCAGCUAAGGAUUUUAUUAGACAUUUAAUGGAGAUAGAUCCUAAACGAAGAUACACGUGCAGACAAGCCCUCGCCCACCCGUGGAUAUCAGGAGGUACUGCGCUCAAUAAAGAUAUCCACGCGUCUGUUAGUGAACAAAUUAAGAAGAAUUUCUACAAACAGAAAUGGAAGCAAGCAUUCAAUGCAGCUACAGCGAUAGGACGAAUGAAGGCUCUUGGCCUGGGUCGACAAGACAAUAACAACACCGCGACCACUGCUACAGCCACAGCUAAAUAAUCUCUACAACUUACUAUCGAAAUCUGAUAAAAAUACUAGUAUGACUGUAUGUUAUUUGUGCCAGCUGGAUGACUGACUUGUAUAACUUGUAUUUGUAUCGUGACGUAAUAUACUGGCCACUUGAUGUCAAGAAACCGCUGACCGACGGCUGCAGGAUAUAUGAAAAUAUAUUUCAAUUAUACAG